UGCCACCAAAAUUCAAAAUAGUAAAACUUUGCGUAUCGUGAAUAUAUUAUAUGAACAAGCUAUUUGCAUAUGCAUACCAUGCAUUUGGAAAAUUAACCCCCCAUGCUAUCCACUAGCUAUAUCUCUUUCACCAGAACAACAUAUUCUCAACAAAUAUGUGGUUGUGAAUCGAUCGAUUUGACAUGACGAAACACCAUGUUGUACAUAUUGUUUUGGUUAGUGGACUUAUCCUUUGGCUUAGCCUACUUCCUGAGCAUAAUCAUAAUCUAAUAUAAUAUUUAUGGUUUUGUCUAAAUGAAUUUAUGAAACAUGAACCUACGAAUGAUGCGCAAAGAGAAGAACAAUACUUUGGGAGUCAUGUCCUUCACCUUAUCUGUCACAAAAAUCAUGCAACAAACGAUAAAUUUUUUAUGUUCUUCAUCUUCUUCUUUACUUUCUUGUUAAAAGCAUAUUGAUUCUGCAGAAUGACGUACUUCAUUCCAAAUCCUUAAUAAUAUUUUCAGUUUUUUUUUCAUCCUUUCUUCUUCCAAUCCAAAAGUCUUUAAAGCCCCAUACUUUGAUUCUACAAUUGGUAUCAGAGCAGGUCGUCAUAGAACAAGGUCUAACGAUCUCCGGCGAAAUCGAUCAUGGGAAGAAGCGGUUCAACCAGCAGUGCUCAAUCUCUUUGCUUUUGCGACAAAGAGUUGGCGUUUCUCAGACCGCCCAGGUUUGUUGGUAAAGAAUAUUCUUAUUGGAAGCAUAUGAUGAAAUUAUUUUUGCUUUCGCUUGAUCCUGAACUUUGGUUUAUCAUUGAGAAUGGGUUGCUUGAAUUAAAAGAUAAAAACAUGAUAUGGGCAAAGAAUAAGACAACAAAGUUACAGUUAAAUGCCAAAGCUAUGUAUAUUCUGUUGAGUGCUCUAGCUAUGGAAGAUUAUAAUUGUGUAUCUCACUGUAAGUCUGCGAAAGAUGUUUGGGGAAGUUUGCAGGGUUUAUAUAAUGGUGCAGAUUUAUCGAUAGAACAAAAGGUAUGCACUAGAGCUGGAACUAUGAACAAACGGUAUACCCAAGCUCAGAAGGGAAGCACGGAACUCGAUAAGCCUAAUGAUGCUGAAGCAAGCAGCAAAGUUACUGCCUUUUGCUACAAAUGCGGCAAACAUGGACAUUUCAGAUGCCAAUGUUCUGAAUCAAGCAAGAAAACUGAAGAAACUUUGGUUGAAACUUGGAGCUUGUCUAAAGAAGAUAGUACAGAUCCCAGAGAAGGUCACUUUGCUCUCAUGGCUAGGGGUGUGCAAUGGUCCGGUCCGUACCGAACCACACCGGACCAAACCGUUGUUAAGACCGGACCGGACCAGACCGAGUAAAAUGCGGUCCGGUCCUUGGUCCUCAUGAAUUUUAUAAUUACUGAAGAAAUGGUGGACCGAGCUCAUAUUUGGACCGGACCGAACCGGACCAAAUGUACCAAAUGCAAGAAUGGUCCGGUCCUUGGUCCUAACAUGUCUUUCACUAAUGGACCGCGGUUCUCAUGAGUUUGAUCCGGUCCGGACAGAACCGAACCGUUGCACACCCCUACUCAUGGCGAGAGGAGAUCCAAACUCCAAGGUAUGUGGCUCUAACUUUUCUAAUUCAAAAGAUGAGUAUUAUGAAUCUGAUGAUAGCUCAUCUAGCUACUCUGAAGUUACAAAAUCAGAACUUGUUGAUGACAUCCUUAGAGUUCAAAGUUUGUAUUUAAAACUUGGUGUUAGGUUUAAGAACCUAAAGGAGGAGUUUGAAGAUGAGGUCUUUGAACUGAAAAGAGAGUUAGAGGAACUAAAACAUGAAAAAAUGAUCUCUGAUGACAAAGCAGAAUCUUUUGUUGGUGAAAACUCAGUUCUAAUGGUUGAAUUGGAAAAAUUGAGGAAAGAAAAUGAUAUUGACAAAGGUUCUGAUCUUGCGUCUGAAUUAGAAGGUCUAACGACUAUGAUAGCUUGCUUAGAAGCUGAAAAUGUUUCACUGAGAAGUAAACUAUCCGCUGCUGAUAAUAAAUGCUUGUUACUAGAGUCAGAUAAUGGAAAUCAAGCCAAUAUUUCUCAUCUUUCUGGAUUUAUGUCGAUUAGAGAUGUUAUAUGUCAUGCGUGCAAUAAACAAGGUCAUACUAGUCGAUACUGUUUCCUAAACAACAAGAGUGUUUCUGUUUUAAAGAAAAAUAACUUGAGAUGUUAUUGGUGUCACAAACCAACACACAUAAGUUAAAAUUGCAGGUUUGGGCAUGAAAAUAAAUGGUUUGAUAAACCAUGUAAGUAUUCUCAUAACAAGGUAUUCAAACUAGUUUGGAUACCCAGAUCACAAUAUUGAUAAUUUUGCAUAAAUUAGUGAGGCUGCACAACUGAGUGAACAUUUUGCUGUGUACUUUAAAUGAGUUGCAUUAAGAUUAAUGAGUAUCUUGGACAGCAAGUUUCACUCUUUAUUAGUAAACUCCUUUCAUCUGAUACAAGCCUCACUCUAAUCCUAGAACAUUUUAUGAUUGUGUUUUCGUCUAAUGAGUGGAAUACCAUAUAUGUUAAAAUAUGACUUCAAGAAAGAUUACUUAGAUGGGUGUUCAGAUGGCACAACCCAAAUAGUUUGGCUUUCUCCUUUGAUGAAAAAGGGGGAAAUACUACAAAGGUGAAGCAAGCUUCAGAAAUCAGGACCGCCUUGUGUUUUUGAGCGUUCAAUUAUUUGAUCUGCUGAUACUGUAAGUAUUCUUGCCUCAUGGGAUUAAAGUAGCAGUAGCAUCUACGCUCAUUUUACCGUAUCUUCAUGGUAUGGGUAUAACUGGAUUCUACUUGUAUGCUCUGUGCGUUAUUGGUUUAUUUGAAGAGCUUAUUAAUCGAACCCUUCUUUGCUAACCCCUUAUGGAUAUGGAUGUCGGUCUUAGGGGGAACUAUUUUAAUCCUGAAAUUAUAUGAUUGAUUUUUCAAGCUCAAGCUGCAUAAAUCUACUUGUUCUCUCUUUGCCCUAAUCCAUAGCGUUACAGCUGCCUCCUAAGAUAACAAGUUUCUUGUUGCUGCUAUUCUUUUCAAAUCACGGUGAUUAAAUUUUUGUGGGUGUUCAACUUUGCUGGUAUGAUUGAACCUUUACUUUCUGACGUCUAAGAACUGUGACUGCACGAUAAUUUCUCUCUCUCGACCCAUUUCAAGGAAUCAAGGUUACAGAUAUUUAUCUUUUAGACGACUAUGUUUCUUGAUCUUGGAUGUUAUUCUAGAAGAUAUCCAUUUUUGCAGUCUGCUUUGUGUUUGUGUUUCUGCUGGUGUGGUCUCUGUUUGCAGUUAAGUGGUAGCUCUCAUGACUCAAUUAAAAAGGAUGGAAAAGCCAUUGAAAAUCAGUUUACAUGAGAGAUGGAUCAUUAGCUGUCAGCUGGUGGAAAAUUGUUAGCUAGGAGUACUCUUCCCCGAAAAUCAAUCCUAAAAGUCUUUAUGAGGGAUAGCCAUCAAUCCACUAUAAUGAGCUAUCCUAAGUUAUUAAUGGCUCCUUCGACCUCGAGAUAAGUACAACUGGACUCCUGUACACAUAUUCUCUCUAUCUAAUCCAUCAUAAUGAACGUGUGUAUGUGAAAUGAAUUGCUAGAAUAUGCAUCCAAGCCAGCUUUCUAUGCUGAAUUAUAUAUAUUUGCUAUAUGAGAAUGUUUGGAUAACGAAAUGGAGUCUUUAACGUUGGACUCUGCUAUAUUACACCAGAAUCCUUUUAUAUCUAUAAUAAGAAUCGCCUUUGCUGCAAAAUCAAGAGGGACGAGAGUGUAAAUGUCUUCGUGCACAUGAUUGUGAUCGAAGCUGGAAAUUUAGAUGAACUUUUCGUUUCUUAGGUGCUUUCAAAUCUGGAUAGAUUAACCUAUUUUCUUGAACUGCAUAUUUGAAACGAAUUCCUUCAGUUCUUCGAAUAAGGUUACUACAUGGUUUAAACUAUUGCUAAUGUCAUGCUUUAAGGCAAUGCUCUAUACUGAUUUGUGUGUUUCUCAUCAAUGUUAGAAGUCGCCUAUCCUAGGGUCCUAAAAUGCAAACUCUCGAGUACUUUUGAAGUUGGCUACAGUACGUUUGCAGUGUUUAGAUUUCUCAUGGUGGCUACUUGAAUAGAUUGUUGACUGCUUUGUACUGAUUAAAUGACUCAUGAGCUGUUUGCCUUGUUGAGAGUUAGUAAUCUUAGUUUAAAGCAGUCAUCCAUACCCUGAACUUGCUUAUGCCAAUCCAAACCUACUGAUGCCCGUCAUAGGGGGAAUUUACAAUUCAGCAAAAAAAUAUUAUAUCUAUUUGACCUUAAACUUGAUCAAUUAAGCAUGUGUUGCACCAAACUUUGUCUUUAUUAUGACUUAUGGCUUUAUAUUUGGUUGCGAAAGCUACCCGGGUGUUUUAUGUGUUUGCAAGAUUGGCAAGUUGAUGUCCCCUGUUGCUUUUGCACCUUGGUUAUUAUGAUUUGCUAACAGAUGAUAAAUAAUCAUAACUUGUGAACACUAAAAACCUGAAGUAAAU